GGAGAAAAAACUGCUGGACAAGUUUGGAAAUCUACUUAAAACCAAUUUCUUAAAUUUGUUGGGUUGUCGGCUUCAAUCGCUUUUCACGUUACAUGUUCGUCAUGAGAUCGCAGCUGAGAUUCAAGACCUCAAAUACAGGAUUGCCCACAUAAGUGAUUGCCGAUUGCGUUAUGGCAUUACUACAAUAACCUCAUUCUCCUAUAAUGUUUCUAGCUCAAUGGGAUCCUGCUUCGUCGACCAUCGACUUGGUGCCUUGUUCACGCAAGAGGCUUAAUUGGUGGGCAUUGAUGAACCUAGAAGAAUGCUUAAAGAUUUACUGAUUAGGGAUGAGCAGCAAUGUAAAUUCAUCUCAGUGUUAGGCAUGGGCGGACUUGGUAAGACCACUCUCACAAAAAGAGUAUAUGAGGACCUUCAAAUGACAAAUGAGUACUUUGAUUGUCGUGCCUGGAUCACCAUCUCACAGUCAUUCAACCUGAAUGUUCUUCUAAGAGACAUCAUCAGGCAAGUCGCAUCUCCUGACUAUAAAAUGGAUCUCAAGAAAAUACAAAAGAAUUCUAUUAACAAAAUUGAAUGCAAGGAGGGCUUUGACAACAUGCAAAGUAAGGAGGAUCUCAUCAAACAACUUGAAAAUUUUCUACAUAACAAACGUUAUAUUAUAGUGUUAGAUGACAUAUGGAGCAUUGACGCAUGGGAGAUCAUAAAAUAUGCUCUACCCAAAAACAACAAUCGAAGCAGAGUAAUAGUCACAACAUGAAUAGAAGAAGUUGCGAAUAAUUGUUGUGUCGAUACUAGUGGGGCUGACUAUGUCUACAAGCUAGAGCUGCUCUCAAAGUAAAAGUCAAUGGAGUUGUUCUGUAAGAGAGUGUUUGGUCCCGAUAAGCACUGGCCGGAGCAUCUAAAGAAUGUAGCCAAUGAUAUUGUUGCAAAAAGUGGUGGACUUCCACUUGCGAUUGUUGCAAUGGACGGAGUUCUCAAAAGCAUGCCAACCCUCAACGACCAUCACCUAUGGAAAAAUUUGCUCAACAACUUAUCCUUAAUGCUUGAAACCAAACCAAGCCUUGAAGGCAUGAAAUAGGUGUUGCUUCUUAGCUACAAUCACCUCCCACACCUCCUCAAGCCUUGUUUUCUAUAUCUUGGCAUUUUUCCAGAGGACCAUCUCAUUAAACGCAAGAAUUUGAUUCAACUCUGGGUAGCUGAGAGGCUAGGGUGCAGUCAAUAUGCCAUGAGCGCAGAGGUUGUAGCAGAGUACUAUUUCAAUGAGCUAGUUAGUAGAAGUUUUAUCUUGCCGUCAAAAGUGGGUAGGACUGAGAAGGUGAAAAGCUGUCGAAUUCAUGAUUUCAUGCUUGAAGUUAUUAUCUUCAAGUCAAAGGAGGAAAAUAUGGUUUCAAUUGAUGGCAAGCUGAGUAGAGAAACUCUUCAAGAUGAAAAUGUGAUUCGACGAUUAUCUCAUCAGAGAGAAAGCAAUCAAAUUGGAUGCUAUCCAGAUAAUGUUGACCUAUCACAGGUUACAUCAUUGUCUAUUUAUGGUUAUGAAAAGAUCCCAGCCUUGCUUCCAAGAUUCAAAUUACUGAGAGUCUUGGUGUUCGAAUAUUAUCAAUUUAACCAUGAAGCAGAAAUGGGUAGCUUCUUACAAAUUCUUUCUAAGUUAAGGUAUCUUCGAUACUUGAGCCUGAAAAAAACCUAUCUAAAAACUUAUUCAAAAAAUUUAAAGUCUACCUUCCUCAAAUCUUUAAGUAAGCUUCAGAAUUUAGUGACAUUGGACAUAAGUUUUGUUGGCUUACAUACGUUAUAUUCCUCAGUUGCAAAACUUCGACAGCUUCGCCAUCUUCUUAUAUAUUGGUCAACUAUUAAACUUGGAAUGUUGAGAAAUCUCAAAGAUUUGCAAACAUUGGAGGGCUUGGAAAUUAAUAAUAUGAAAGAAGAUGAGGAACUAGGGUACCUAACUCAAUUGACGAAGCUACGGAUUAUCGUGGUUUCAAGAUCUCCAAAAAUAUAUACCUCAUUAAGUGCUUCUCUAGAAAAAUUAAGUGGGUCUCUUCUUUCCUUGGCCUUAUUUGGCUUGCCAAAACCAUCGCAAAUAUUUUAUUUGAACAUAAAAAAUCCUACUUCCUUUCUCACAAGCCUAACCAAAUUGGAUAUACAUGUAGAAAAAAUGGAUGACUUGGAAGUCUUCAAAACUCUUCCCAACUUGCUUUGCCUUAGACUAUGUCACAUUUUGAGCAUGUCACUAGAGUUGUCGUUUAGUGAUGGAGGUUUUCGAAACCUGAAGAUAUUGCAAUUCUGUGAUCUGCUUCGUAUUGAGUUCCAGAUGGAUUGCAUGCCUGUUCUUGAGAAACUUGUUUUCAAAUUGUGCUCGCAACGUACACGUGUCAUUGGAAUUGGAUUUUUGCCAUGCCUUCAAGAGAUUAAGCUUAAAUAUGUGCCACAGGGAUUCUUAAAAGUAUUGAAGUUGGAAGUAGAGAAACACAAGAACAUUCCCAAAAUUACGACAAUUGCUGAAAUAAAGUGACUAAAAUAAAAGCUUUGGGAUUGAAUUGUUAGCCUACAUGCAGAUAUUAUAGCUCCUCUUUUACAAGACUUGAUUUUACAUGUUUAUCUCCCCCAACCAAACACUUAAACGGUUCUUGAAAUUGGAGAUUUGCUAUCUUAUUUAAAAUUUAUCUCAUCAUGUAAAACAUCUUCUAAGUUCAAGAGCAUUGAUGUGGUUCAUGCUCAACACAAGUUAAUAUAAUAUUAAUGCUUGAAUUAUCAAUGUACUUUUUAUUUAUUUUUUUAAGUUUUAAAUUUUUAUUUCUAAUGAAUGGAUGUUAGUUGUGACAGACAUUAGUAAGAGAAUGCUAAGUGCCUAGUCUGUUGGUAUUUUAAUC